AUGGCCGAGGCUAAGAUGACUGACAUGGCCAACGCUAAGAUGCCUGACAUAAUGAACAACCCCAUCGACGAGGUUGUCAAGCACGCUAUCACCAACUCUGUUAUGGACAUCAUCUGCAAUGUGGUUGACAUCAUGGUCGAAACCAAUUCGCCUAUGCCCGUACUCAAGAAGACCAUGACCAAGGAUCUUAUGACCUCUAUCAACGCCAGAGUCGAGGCUCUCGUUGACGAGCACGUCAACCAGUCGCUCGAAGCAGCUCGCACUAAGGCCGCUCUCGAGGCCGAACUCGAGAUGGCCAAGAAACUCUCGGCCAUUAGAGCCGCCAUCGUCAAGGACCUAGAGGAUCACCUCGAGUUGCGUUCUCGCCAAUUCGAGGACUUUAGUGGUCUUCUGGAGUCCACGGCGAUUGAUGCUGGCGAAGAUGGUCUUGGUGCCGCUGGUGUCCAUACCACUAAUCUCAACAUUGCAUGCAUCAUCCACGAGAAGGAUGAUGAGGUUCUCAAGCAGACAGUCAAGUACCUGGAAGCCGACCUUCCUGGUAAUGCAGAGAUCUGCGAAAUCCAAGCUGAUAUCGCUAAGAUGGAUGCAAAGCUGGGUAUCGUCAAGGAGGAAGGCACCGUCAAUGCACCGAAUCUGCACAUGACGUUCAUCGCACCUGCAGUUCUUAGUUAUCAAAAGAACCAGGACUGGCGGGAUGGGCUCGCAUCAGUUUUCAUCAACCGAGAAGGUCGAGAUCCUACUUUGGCGGAGAUACAACUGGAGUACGACAAAGCGUGGGUAGCUGAGAGAAGGGAGUUCGACAUGACAGCAUAUCGUCUUCUCAAGGAAACUGGUAUAGAACCAAACAAGUACGAAAUUUUGGACGCGUUGGAGUUGCAAAUGAAAAAUCCCGAGUACAACUCCGAAUAUGCUGUUUACCAUCGCUGGGACCAAAAUCCAUCGUAUCCCGCCAACAGUAAACUUCCCACGAGCAGGAGCAAUCCUAUUGAUCUCACGAACUCUGAUCAGUCGGCAACAAAUACAGCGACAAAGAAGCACGAGACGGAUUUGAGACAAACAAACGCGGGAGCUGUGAGAUCUUUUGCACCACACUCUACCCUCAACCUCUCCAGUCUACCCAAACAAGAGUCUAUUUUCGAGCACAUACCGCUCCAGCCAAUCGAUCCCUCAUCAGAGAUCCAUCCGGAGACAAGCUUCUCUACACAAAUGCUCGAAGUUGGCCGUCGCAAAAUCAAAGCAGUGCCUAAGGGAACUGCUACGUCGACGCCAAAUUCAAGAGAUGCAGGACCGACAACAGAAGCUGCGGCUAGAAACACAACCAACACUACGGUGGAAGCAUCAUCACAGCCUUUGACGAAAAAGCACACCGAGAAGAUCUCCAAUGCAGGACGAGCUAUGCAAUCCAAAAGCAGUCCACCGCCUGCAAGCACAAGAAUCGAGUAUGAUCGACCACUCUUUGUUAAGGCAAAGCCAAGAUUUGCAUCAAGUACAGACAGAUCUCACAUUUCUGGUCCAAUCUUUGUCAGAAAACAACCGAACGGUUUUGUGUUGGUCGAUGAUCACGAACAGCUCGACAGUACGCCAGAAUUCAAUGACAAGUCACCCUUCAGGGCGCUUCAACCACACCCAGGUUCUGCCUCGUCUCAGCAACCAGCUCGUGCCCCGAUAAGCAGUCAAGCCUCGAAUGAUGGUGUCACGACAGUCUUAGCAAGCCAAUAUUCGGAACACUUCGACGACUACAUCAAAGAAAAACUAGGACAAGGCGUGGAUGGGCGUACGCACAGGAUCUUCAAGCUCGCCAUGUUGCACGCGAGCCGCUGGACACUUGAGAACAUGCCUAGGACAGACGGUGCGAUCCAGGUCUUGUCCUCGCAAGUGACCACCAACGAGCGGAACUCUCGCACCGUAAACAAAUGUGUGGAAACAGUACUAGACGCUUGCGAUGUCAAAGACGACAGCAAACCUGCCGAUCUGUACAAGCUGCUCGACAAGCAAGAGAAGGAAAGACAGCAAAGUCUGGAGCGAGUGGCCGACAAGCUGAACAAGGAGAAGAAAGACAAGGUCAAGCUGAUGAGCGAGCUCGAGGUGAUGAAAGAGGAAGUUCAGAAGGAGAAGGAUGCCAGAGAUCAGGAAGAUGAAGACAGGUUGAGGAAACAUCUGGAACGGAAGAAGAAAGGGAGCAAAGAAGAUGGCGGCAACAGUGGUGCGAAUGAAGAGAGAAGAAAGAGAAGGAGAGAUGCUGAGCAGGAGGAGCAUGUCGACAUCGAUAUGUUGCUGUAA